AUGGCAAGCAAAACCGAUUAUCAGGUCGCCUCACUGGCGGCUGGGUUUACGCUGGGUUUUGGAUUUCUGACAGUCUGGGAGGCCUUGAAACAGACGAAGAGGAAUAAAAAUCCUUUACGAAGCACUUACAUCUACAUGCUCUGGGGCGAGAUCGCAGCCAAUUUGGCCAUUGCGAUAAUUGCAUGGCUGUUUCUCGAUGGCAUCCUCUCAGCUACGUACGUUUGA